AUGUCUGCCAUGCCUCCGUCUAUAGACACUCGGGCCUUGGAGCCGCCCACGUCGGCAACGACCGUGGCUACGACCGUGGCAUCCAGCGUCAGCCACCUCUGCCACUUUGUGCACGAGUGGCUCGACUUUCGCGUGCCAGAGCUGCUCGCGGCGGCCGAGGCGGUUGGCGUUGACGUCUCUGCGACCGACGCCGACAUCGACGAGCUCUCUGCCGGCGCGGGCGGCGUCUACCUCCCCGUGAGCUGCUCCAGCGGCUCCGCCGGCCUAGCGCGAGUCGCGGCGCGCGCGGUGCUCGUCAAGCGCUUCGUCGAGGUGUGGGCGAGCGGCGCCUCGAUUGCCGAGCUGGAGGGGCGGCUCCGCGCGUGCCCGGCCGAGGUGUACGCGCCGUACCUGCGCGAGGGGUCGAGCUUCAAGGUGGUGGUGGACGGGUACGGCGGGAGCGCGAGCGAGCCGGACCGCCUCGAGCUGAUCACGCGCCUCGCCAAGCUGCUCUCUCCUCGCGGCAAAGUGCGGCUCAAGUCGCCCGACUACACGCUCGUCCUGCUCGUGGACUUUGCGAUCCUCGCCGACCUCUUCUCCCUCGCCACGGCCUCUCUCGUCCCGGGCGGGCGGCUGGUCUUCCUGCUGCCGUGCACCCUCCCCCUCGCCGAGUCGCUUGCCCUCCUCCCGCCUCACCCGACGCUCGAGGUGGUCGGCGCGUGCGAGCAGCGCAUGGCGGCGCGCUGGUCGCGCUGGUGCGUCACCAUGAUCCGGUCGGCCGACGGCUCCGCCGAGGCGACGACGAGCGGCGCCGAACCCUCUCCCGCCGGCGAGGAAGCGGCGGUGCCGGACUUGCGCCGCACUAUUUUUGAGCGGAGAUGCGGCGGCGGCGGCGCAGCGGCGGACAGGCCCGUUGCGCCCGUCCUCCACCCAGAGCUGCAGGAGAAGGUUGCGCGCCGACGGGCGGGCUAUUCGCGCAACGGGCCGCCGGCGCCUGAGGCAUGCGCACAGAACGGCGGAUAGCGCGUGCGUGGCGAAUGCACGCCGGUUCGUCACCACGAGUCGGGGCGUUGGGUCCAUUUUUUUUAUCGAAAUGCAUGCACAUGCAUAU